AUGCCGAAGUGGCUGCUUAAGGCGGAAAAUAAGGUACCCAGGAGCUCAAUCACAAAACACCUAGUGGACACGGGCCAUACGGUGGACCCAACGGUUGCAUUCAAGGUACUGUUUCGGGCGACGACCGGGCGUCUCUUGCGCUUUGCAGAGGCCGCUGCAAUACGGAGGAGGAAACCAGAACUCUGUAAGCAGCUGAACCUUGUGAUAAACCUGGCACUGCCAUGGUAAUUAUCGAUUAUGGACGAAACCCUGUUCCCAUGUACGCCCUCUCAUUUCGCCCCCACCCGCGCCCCCGCUCUCCCGGCAUGACUGAAUGCUCCCCGCACGUUGCACUCCAAAUCACGCUGCACCAGUUCUCUCAUACUUGGAUGACUACUCUCCCCCUCCCCGCCUCACCAUAUGCACCCGCAUGCUAGACCCAUGUUUCAGGUUACCUAUCACGUUUUAGCUCUCUGGGUCGAUCGUUGAUUUGACAGUUUUGCCUUGUUAUAUAACUAUGCAAUGACCGUGUGCAGCUAAAUGAGAGGUCUCGAUAUUUAUGACGUCAUUAAAUUCUGCAUUCUUUGUCGCCUUCGCCUUGUUCAAAUUUAUCCCGGGAAAACACUGCUUCAAAAAGCAUUUCGAAAUUUUGGCUGACAUAAGAUGAGUUAAAUCGUUUACUGUAGUAAGCCGUUUUUUAGGCGUUUUUUAACGAAAAUAUUUUUUGAAAUACCAAAUUGGUGGCACAGCUUAACUAUAUUUUCAGGGCGAAUGUUAAUUUAUAGACUUGACAAUGCCUUCUUUAUGAGCGGCAUUUAUUUCACUGCAAAACUGGUUUGGACUGACUAAUGUUUUAGUUUACGUUUUGUCGCCUUUCAUUGGGGCGUUCAGGGAACACCUGAACGUUGGUUUCCAUUUGGAAUAAAUCCUUUGUCGCGAAUUUGAUAGGCGGUCACGAGUCUAGCCAUGGGAACAAGGAAGCGCCCAAGGUUUUCCUGUAGCACACAUGUAGCAAGGCAAAAGCCAUUGAAAACAGGAAAAACACAGCAUUGCCAGCAGUUGGGAAGGCGAAAUUCUGCUAAUCUUCACAUUAUGCACGUGAUAAAAACGUAAUAAGAAGCCUCGCUCCGGUAAAUUACGUAAAGUCAAUUAUGAGUUCUCUGACAUUAAAUUGAUUUUCUUUUCAUGUACAGGCAAUGGUGGUGCAUUAGGUUAUUUACAAAAAGAUCCAUUUGAAAAACUGUGGUUUCAAAAAAUUAGACAUCUUAUGGCCUUUGCACAUAAAUCGACAAAUUUAAUAGCCAAAAGCCUAUCGACAUGCCUUUUGCUCAACAGAUACCGAGUUAACUCUCAAUUUUUCAACAAGUUCCAAUGUCCGAAAUUUCGCUGCAUCUGUUGCGCUAGCCUGAAAAAAGUGCCCGCAUCGGACAAUGGACUGAAACUGCCGUUCCUUCAUGCAGUCGGCCUGCCGUCCCGAAAGAAAUUGCGCCUUGAGUGGAGAAUCAUGUUUGGAAAUUUUAUUUUUCGCUGACGAUUUGCAUCGAUACGAUGCAUUACUUCGGUCAGUUUGUGACAGUAGAUAGCGUUGGUUCUAUUACUAACGGAGAUUGAAUUUAGAAAAUUAUUUGUAGCGAGUAAAGUGUAAAACACCUCGUCAUCUUUGAUGACCGAGCAGCCGUUUUGGUGAUAGCUCCCAGCAUAGUGGAUUAAAUGAAUUCGCACAAUUUAAUCAAUUCCGACCCAGCAAGGGAAUCGUCCCUACAAUUUUCAUUCAUAUCGGAUUGAAAAUCAUGCUGAAAAAAUUUUGAAAUCUUUUGAUGUGACGAACGCUUUAUCAUCUGCAACUGAAUACGGCUGCAGGGCAAAGGUAUAUUUGAUAAAAUAUUUGUGCACUUUAAUUGAUAAUGGAGUAGUUUCGUGGCUAAGUAUUGAUAUGCUGCAGGAUUUUCAACAUUUGUUGGCACUUUUAGAGAAAGGCGGGUCGUUGUUUUCUAAAUGCGACCAGAACUUUCCUACGAAUUUUGCAAGCCACCUAAAGCGUGGCUGCAGAUAAUAAUGGAUGGCCGUUUCUUAUUACUUGGACCACAGACAAUUUAGAUGAAAAAGGCUAGACAUAUAGCUGGCGUUUACAAGGCAUUGUACAUUUAAUGGCUACCUACGAGCUAAUAAAUGCUGCCCGGCGAAGGCAGCGGUUGCAUAUGCCCCAUUUUAUAUAUUUGCAGGGUAGUCAGUCGAUCUGCCAUAUCCUGGUACAUUUUUGACCUUAACAAGAUUCGCCGCACAUUGCGCGCUCAAAAUUUCUACAUAUUAUGUUGCCACCAAACGACAACAAUAUAUGAUAAUUUAUUUAUCUUUUCUGCAAUAAGUCAAGGGUGCAACAGUAAGUCUUUGUGCUAGAAGCCGAUCAAAAUAUUCGUCAACUAAGAAACAUUAUUUGUAAAUUAGUUGAAAUUUACGAAAUGAUUGCCUACUAGGGAUUCAUUAAAGUGAAAUAAUUAUUUUGCGUAAUGAUCCCACCUAUUGCCUAAAAAAUGCAAGGGCAUUAAGCAGCCGUACUAGUUGCUGUCCUUACACCUGACGGUUAGGUAAAAUGAACAAUGGUUUACAGUCAAUCAGUCGAAUAUUCCACUGAUUUUAAUUAUAAACUAACUUAUGUGUAGGAGUAAAACAAUACAUUGUUUCGCUGUUUAAAUGACACACAACCUUGGCUGCUUCAACCACAUAUCGACAUGAAAAGUGACUUUAAAUUUUAUUUAGUAGAAAAUCAAUUAACCGCCGAAUUCACAUUAGACCUGAAGACGGCGUGAUAAUCUUGAGUUAGCUGUAGGCGAAUGUCUACUUUUACUAGUGACAUUAAUUCUUCUUACUAUGAAAUUGCAUAAUCGCGUUCUUUUUGGAAAUUCUCCUAUGAAGGAUAAGUACUUAAUAAGUUUUCAUUGUUUCAGCAUCCACGAUGCAAUACGGACAGGCGCACUAAGUGAUUUCUUUACCGGUUGCUAAAAUGGCACCAUGAGGUUAGUAGCUUUGACGUAGAUCUCAUCUAUGAUGACAAGAUGUGCGUUAGUGUAGAAAUGGAUCUCUCAAAUGUAUCCUACCGUAACGAACGUGACAGUGUGCAUACUGCGGAUUUGUCGAAAAAUCAUAUCAUAUACACCAGUUUUUAGCGAAGUGGUUAAUAGGGCAGCGGGGCACCUUGUACCCAUCUAAAUUUAUCCUUUUGUCGUGUAUAAAAUUGGGGAAGGAAUAGGUUGCCAUCAACGGAGUAAAAGAAUAAACAGUUAUAGGCGUCAUUUCCACGAAAUAUGACGAAAAUUUAAAGGCGUCGAACAUGAAUGAGAAAAAGUUAUGCUAUAUAAUCUGUCAUUUCUACAGAGUAUGCUUUUCGCAUGCGGCCAGAAAAAACCUCUUUAAAAAUUUCGCAAUCGUGGAUAACUGAUUUGUUAUAAAGGAAUGCUUCGUGAUAAUGUAUUAUUUAGUCCUAGUUAAGACAUUUUUUUGAAACGAUGACGCCUUUCAGAAUUUUGGUCAAAACCUCAUGAAUUAGCCCAUCUACGGUAAUUGAGUCAUUGUUAUUCAGACACAAAAAAAACACGAUAAAAAUUAAACGCAUAAAUUCAACAGAAAACGCAAAUCAGGCCAAGUGUUAUUCAUUAUAUUGUUUAUUACUUUAAGAGGCCAAGUCGGCAAACAUUCUUUUCGGGAACUUAUUAUCAGACCAAACAAUUACGUAGAAAUUGAGUGUACGAGAAUAUGCCUUGGUUUGGCAGUGUGCGAAAUCGUAGUUAAUAUUUGGAAAUCAACAUGUGUUAUAUCAGUUGACGGACAAUAAUCAGGCCUGAUAAGAGGUGGCUAUAGAAGUGAUUUAAUGUUUUCGUAAAUUGGACAGUAGUCGGCUGCCACGUUGAAUUAGCAGAAACUGCAUGCAGCUUCUGCGACGGUUCUUAGUCUAAUGUGUCCGAAGCAAUGCAAAUUGUCCCUUAGCUGCAGCCAGAAGAGACGUGCUUUAGUCAACUAUCUUGACACUGUUUACUUGACGCAUUAUCGAUUUUAUGCAGACUAUGGGAGACCGAGACCUAGUCCUGUAUAGGACAAUAUAUGACUCUGCAGAAUGUCCGUCUCCCCUGCCCUAACAAUUCGCGUGUAAAUAUUCUUUUUCUUACUGUGAGGGAAAAAUCAUCACUAAUUAAUUUGGUUGUUAAAUAGCUGAGGUAAUUGAGAUCUGGUUGCUGUUGCAGCAAAUACUGCUUAUUGAUUGCCAGCAAACAGUGUGCGCCGCUCACGAAGUACCAGGCAAUAUUAAUGAACUGAUGCCAGCAUACCGCACCCGUCGACUGACACUUCAUUUACACCAAUCAGUGUGUUCCUUGACAUUCAUUUCGACAGGCAUCCCUAAAUCGACUGCUGGCGUGCCCUAUUAAGUAACAGGGCCUGUAAUUAUUAAACUUGUUGAGCUGUCUAUCCAGGUUUCUUCAUAAGCAGGAGGGACGUGAUAAAACUAACCCAUCAAGAAAUCUGUCUCGUUUCAGCAUCAACAAUCUUACAACUAGACCGAGAUAGUCUGUGGAGGAUUGGGCCGGAGUCGUACAAAUAGCAAAUUGUGCGCCUAUAGAAGUGUAGGUCAUGAGAUGCGUUAGCAUUGCAGCUGCAGACAAUGAAGAACCUGAUGUUUUGUUGGAAAUGUUUUUGUUAAAUUGGUACUUUACGAUGAGGAGCAUGGUCUAUUGAAUGUGUGUAAAAAUAGUGAAUUAAUUUUGAGCCUAUCUGCCAAGAUUUGAGUGAUUACGACUCAUAAGACACUAAUGCAUGGAAUAGCAUUUUAAAUAAUUAACAAUGCUCUGUAGUAGUAAGCGAAACGCAAUUUAACAUUCGUACUUAUAUCUGCGUCCAUCAGACGCUUUUGCACCCCAAUUCGAUCGAAUGGACCAUUGCUUGUAUUGGUGACAGUUAAAUGCAUCAAUAUGUCGCUAAUACAAAUGCCGUUAGUAGCUUCUUCGUCUUCUUCGGUACUUCUUUAAGAACAUUUUCUGGUCGUAAAAGACUGUAAAGGAAAAUCUAAAAUUACAGUUGAUGCGGGAUCUAUACGCUGGCAGCGGCAUUCACCAAUACCCAACUACAAUCAUUAGUUACAGUUUACUUUGGAGUAUCAAAUAUUAUUUGCAGCGAGUGACCUCUUAAGUCUUUUUUACUUGAAUAAUAGUAAACAUGAUUAAAGACCGUGUGGGAUCAUUAGGAUUCCUUAGAAUGUGACUCGGAAACAACCAAAAUUCACGAGUUCCCGUUUUUGAACCAGUGGCGUGACACGGAAAUAUUUUAUCGGAAAAGUUGGCGUAUUGUAUUUUCUCGAAAAAUGUUAAGAGUGGAGACACGCAGGCAUUAUGACUGUUCGUGAAUGGUGCCUCUAAUUUGCAAUUUUAGCAACGCUGACCAAUACUAAUAUCAUCUGCGUUCAAGACAUCCAUGAAUAUGCAAUGAUUUUUUGAUGGAUUUUCUCGAUUAGCUUCUAAUGGAUGGCCCACUGCUUGGUUUCAUGCUGAUUUCGCAAAUUGCUCGCAACGUAGUUAGAUUUUUGGGGCCAUUUAGGAAGAUCGUGGGUCGGAGGAAUUGCAGUAGCGCUUUGCGUUUUAAUUCGCUGCACGCAAGAUGUAAUGGGGAAUUUAAGUUUAACUUGCUGUGUGAAAAAAAAUGUUUGAAAAAUUUUUUCAAAAUCUGCAUACCAUAGCAUUUAACGUUCUGUACAUAAACGUAACAGGAUAAGCAAUAAGCCUGCAAAUUUCAUUAAAGGAGACCUAUGAAACUACUAUUUCUCCAAAAUAACACGCAUACUGCAAAGCAUUGAAUCGGUUUUCCUAUGGUGCGGGUGACUUCUGGGAAAAAUCAUGCUAAAUGUGUUGUAACGCACGUAUAUUCAUUUCACAACUAGUUUAAUUUGUAUGCACCUACAAGUGUAUUUAAUCAGUUUCAUGCAUGGAAUUGGUAUGGAUGGCUUUAUAACCAGAGAUUAUGGCAUCUACCGGGGGCUGUAGUUGCAGUGCUGAUGUGAAGACUAUUGUACGCUACUACAAUGUCAUUUUCCAGUUUCCCUAUCGCAACAGAUUUAGGGUGCACACAACCACUACGACCUCCCUUCACCAUAUCUUCUCAUGUUAUCAGACCAUACGGAAAAUCUGAUUUCCAGCUAAUACGGGAUCUAAACACUGCUAGCGACACGGCAUCAUACAAAUGCAAUCAGUCGUAUAGGCUUAUUUUGUAACAUCAAAUUAUAUGUGUCGACGAGUGGCCUUUUGGGUCAUUUCUCGCAUUAAGAACAGUGAACACAGUGAAACACCUCGUGGCAACGAACACAUAAUUGACCUGCACGAGUUCUUGAAAGUUGACCCACAAAGCCUCAAUUUCCAGGGGUUCUAAUCAUUGAGCGCGAGUGAUUUUACGAAAGAUAGCAUUAAAACGUCCCAAUCGGCUGCAAAUUAGAAUCAUUGACACUUUUGGCAAUCCAAUUUAGUUCAGUUGGUUUGAAAGAUAUUGUCACCGAAAGGGACUUAUCGCAUUUUCGCAAUAAAUGUUAGAGACUAGUACAGGCAAACAAUAUUACUGAUGUCUGUGUGUAGUAAGUACGAAUUGUGGUUUGAACCUCACUGAUUGAUACUGAUAUUUUCUAUGCCCAGGACGUCCACUGAGUUUACACCGAACUCCUGCACGGUAUACCAAACAAUUAACAAACUUUUGAAUUUCUUCGAUUCGAUUUUAGUGAAGUGUCCUUCACAAGAUUUAGUAUUGAAUUAAUACUCUCGAUGCAGCAUAUAUAAAUGUUUGGGGGUCAUCCAGGAAUAUCGAAAACUACUAAAACUGCAGUAGUACUGCACGUGUUUCCAUUAGCCACGGGCAAGACGUACUGGCGGAUUUAAUUUUAACUUGUCUGGAAAAAUUGUUUCAAUAAAAACUUGCGAAUGCAGAUAAUUUAUCAUUUUGUGUCAAACUAGAUCGAAAAAACAGUAAAGAUCGUAUUAAGUGGGAUCUGUAAAACUGUUAUAUCUGCAGAAUAACAUGCGUCUUUCAACUUGUUUGAUUGUUUUGCUGUUUCAUAAAUGAUUUGUGGGAAAACUCACGCAAAGUGUGUCAUCGUGUGAAUUUAGUUCAAGACCGAUUCACUUUGCCUGCAUCCACAGCGUUAAUUAGCCAUCUUCUUUUAUCUGUUAAUUUGUGAAGUUGUUAUGAAUACUUUUAAAGACAUUGGUUAUCUCAUCUUUCAUAACACCAGUUGCACUCCUGAAAUGCGAACUAGUAUACUACAGUUCAUUGUAAUUUUUUAGUCUCACGUUCACAACAGUUGUAUUGCGUGCACGAUGCCUGAAAUGAUGUAGGCGCGAAGUUCUUUAUAUCGCGCCUGAACACGUGUUUACACAUCGCAUGCAUCAGGCGUGCUGGUAGGCGUGCUUUCGUUGGUGGUUAAUGGAAAAUAAACUGAAAAUAACCACACCGGUUUUCCUCAGUCUUUUCGACAAAAUCCCUUGACGUCCAAUUAGCGGUACACGGAAACCCAGAGGCGGGUAGGGUCCUUAAGCGACAGUCUCUUUGGUAACUCAGUAGACAAAAAACUUCCUUUCCGAAUAUCUAGUGUCUUAAAAUUUUUUUAAUGAGUGAAGUCUGCCAUUGUUGUGUGAGAAUGUGACCGGGAGAAAGGAGGGAUGUGUGCAAAUAUAUCAUAUGAACACUUAUUUACACCUUCACGCCUGUCCUUGAAUAGAAGCCAUUUCGCGUGCAUAGUAAGUAGUCAAAUAAUAUUUGGGCAUGUACCUCGUAGAUUCUUGUAUACAAUUGCCUAGUAUAAUCUGAAAAACGAACUCGGCAUGCAGGAUAUGACUGCGAAGAAUUUUAUCUGUCAAAACAUUAAAAAAUGUUUGUUGAUAUCUACAGUCGGUGACAAAUCACGAAAUGUUAGCUGAAAUUCUGAAAUGCGUUUUCGAUUAGGUAGGAUUAUUUAUGUGGGGUUGUAAUAUUGACAAGCAUACAGCGUAACCCUAUAGCAUUUCAGACCUAACAAGACGUCCUCUUGUGAAUGCAUUUAUUUUUGAUCGCCGACAGAAACCACACUUGCUGAAAAAUGUCUACUUAUAAAGCAUGCAUUUUCUCUUUUGAUUUUCGACCGUCCUAUAAAUUAAAAUAUAUUUUAUAGAAAACUUGCACAAAAGUAUGAUUUCGUUUUCUUGUUUGGUAAAAAAUCACAUUGUCUUCAUUUAUAUAUCCGAAGAAAUUGUACAUUUAGGUUUUAAAAGAACAUUCUUUCCUAAUUCCCAAAUAAUUUUGAGCCUGAUCACGCCCUGCAUUGGCGUUCAGCAAUUUCAGUAUACAAGCGACAGGCUUUCCGCGUAAGGCAAAUCAUAUAUUCAUAUAUGCCCUUAAGGAGAUACCAAAUAGAGAUCGUAAAAUUUUGCAAUGAAUCCGGAAUAUGUUGUACAUUACAUGAGGAACAUUGGUAAACGGACAUGUGCGGUGCUGUAUGCACAAACAUCAAACUGUCUUAAAAAUCUCAUAAUUAGAAAUCCUUUAAACCCUCAAUAUACCCAUUCUCCGGGUAUAGAAUAUGACGACAAGGUAAUCUUCUACCAGCCGAGAAAUUGAAAGCAUAUUUUUGUGCACGAUUUUUAUAAAAUACUUUUGAAGUUAUGGGACCAUGGAAAACCAAUAGAGAAAAUGCAUGCUUUAUAAGUAAUCAUUUUUCAGCAAGUGUAGUUUUUGUAGGAGAUCAAAAAUACAUGCAUUCAAAAGAGGACGUCCUUUUGUGUACGAAAGGCUAUAGGGAUACGCAGCAUGCUUGUAAAUAUUACAAUUUUACCUAAAUAAUCCCACCUUAUCGAAAACGCAUUUCAGAAUUUCAGCUAACAUUUCAUGAGAUCAGUCACGUACUGUAUGUUACCUUGUAUCCGAUCCGACGUCUAUGCUUAAAAAUGACCUAGGCUAGUUUACGUGACCCCUGCAUGUUUCAUAAUGAGAAGAUAUUAAUACAAACUCGAGAUGUUUACGAGAGGAAUCGGAAGCACUCGAAAGUCGUUUAUGUGUUUAAUCUCCUGACGAAAAUUGGAGUAAUAUUUUCUGCAAAGAAUACUUUUCAAGACUUUCCAACACGUUCCUGGCCUUAGCAAAUAGUCAAUAAUAAACUGCAGAAAACCCUCCAAUUUUUCAUAGUUUAUUUGAAUGCACCCGAAUAAAAGGAAUUGGCCGGAUGGUCGGCAAUUUCAGCGGCAUCCAACUAUUUACUAUGUAACUAUUAAUAUGAUCACCAUCCUGUGCAGUCAGAUGCGUAAAACAUGGCAUUAUUGUAAGCAAAAAUAGCGAAUAGUGUUCCAAUGUAAAGAGAAAGGCGUUGUUAGUACAUAGUGUCUGUAUCAACUUCACACUCUUGGGUAUGUCCACAUGAGUGUGAAAAAUAUCCGAACAAUGAUGAAAAUGAAACGCUCGAUGGCAAAAAGGAAAAAUUUUAUUUUACAUUUUCCUAAAAAGGCACAAUUGAGAUGGCGAUGUAAAAAUGUUCACAAGUUAUUUAGAACGUCUACUGCAUGCAAUACUUGUGGCGCAAAACUCAUUCAGUCAGCAGUCGUGUUCCUGCCACGGUCGAUGCAGUAAUUACUAUUUAACUGCCUUCAAAAGCUCAGUGAUUCAUUUCAUCAGUCUGCAAAAUACAAAAACCAUUUCUUUCACAGAAUUUCGCAGAAGGUAAUCAGACGGCGUUAAGUCAGGUGAGCGUAGGGGAUACUACAGUAGUACAUUGUCUCUAUCAACUGCAUGCCCAAUCCACCGUUCUGGUCGUGAGGUUUCGGUGUGGCGGAGCUUUAACUUGCGGAAGAAUAAAUUGGACAUGCCCACUUGCUUUAAUUUUUUAAAUUGGUCAGUUCUGAAUCAUAUCUAGCUAUUUGUCGUUGGUCACGUUUAUCUGGAAGAAAAAUGACUAUGUACACAUUAUUUUCAGAUGUUAGAGAGCUGUUUCAUAAUUAAUGGUUUUUGCUUAUAUUUAUUUGCGGCAUGUAGACAUUUGCCAUUCCAACCGCAGAAACUUGCUCGCACGUUUGCAAUUCUAACGUAAUGUAGCCCCAUCACUGGCAAUUUAAAAGGCUGCCAACUUCAAGCCUCUUUUAAUAACCCUGUAAAGCAUUCUGCGCCGCAGACAGUCACCCGACCUUAAGGCCUGCAGGGGUGUUAGUCACAACGUCUUCUAGUGACACGCCAAAGAUUGAACUUGUGUCUGCUUUUUGCAGAAAUUUCCUUAGAACAUAACCGAGGGAUGGCGAACUUAGAUGACCAUCUCGUGUGAAGCUCGUCACUUUAAGAUUUCCUUUUUGACUUUACCGUGGAACGUCUUAUGGUGUGGCCAAUUCAGCUAUCCUAUUGGCAAUUAUUUAUGAAAUCUUGAAACAAGUGCACGUAACGUAGGCGUACCACACGGCGGUCCACACGUCUAAUCCUGAGAUGGGGAUCAUACGAAGAAUCGAAAAUUUCAGAAAAAUCGAUUUUUAACACAUUAGAAAGGGUUAAAAAAUUUGAGCGGGAUUUUGUUACGUUGUUGGUUGAUUAAAUGACGGCAAAUAUUUAGGCACAUCCCUUAUCGACAGGAAUGCGAAAAACGUACCUAAUGUUAUAGAAGGAGUUUGAUUUUACAUUGGUACGCAGACAUUCGCCAGUGACAUAUUUUGUUAAAGCACUUUGCAAUUAAGCCAGUUAUUAGAGAAAGUCCUUCCUUGAUUUUGAGUGUACUAGUUGCCGGCUUUCAUUGUUAGUUUCAUUUUUAGCCGGUAGGGUUUCUGUUUCGCUGGGUCUACAGGUAUUACCAUUACGUUCAUUUGCAUCCUAGAGAAUGUCCAAGAACCCACAAAAGUCUGUAAGUGUUUUCAAGACAAGUCUUAUUUUGAACGUCUUAAUAAACACACACAAUACAUUACAUCAAUAUGUUUAACCAUUAAAUAAUACUGAAAAUCGGAAUGCAUUCGCUAUAUCUUAAGGAUGAUCUAGAAUCCUUUGUCGUCCACAACCAGACAAAACCGUUAAAAAAUUCAUGAAGAAAAGGCCCUCUAAAUGAAAGCAAAAUGGUAUGUUUAGGACUAAACCUCCUAAACCUAUUCAAAUUCACCCAGAAUUGGCCAGUGUGUUAACAUGUGACUUCAUGAAAUCCUUUAUUCUCUUGAUAUUUUUGCCUGCGUUGUUGAUCUACACCCCAAAUAAUUUAAAACGCAAAAAUACAGUUCAUUCUUGUGCAACCAUAUUGGAAAAUUUGCCCAAACUCUGGUCUGCUGACUGACUAUAAUACUUGGCAAUACCCUUGAAGUGCAAGACUGGCGACAUAAUUUUCGUGCGAUAUCCUCCCUGUUCUCCUUUAUUUACGCGGAUUUCGUAUGGAUGUCUUUCUGUACAUCUUACAUUUAAUCAGUCGCGGUGAUGUUUGACGAUCUUGAAAGUUCCACUUUGACUGGAGGUUGCACUCUUUCCUCUUCACCCCAAGGUGUUCCUUUGGAAAAAGCAGCAAUAUUCCUCAAAUAAAAUAAAAGACGGAAAGUAUUUUACCGAAUUUACAUCAUUAUUCGCCCAGAUAACAUUACUGUCCUCAAGCAUUUAAAGUCAUUCAAUGAAGAAAUCGUUGAUUUCGCAUAGGAAAAUUAAUUAUUACGAAUAAACGGAAAAAAAUCUAUAGUAUUAUGUUCAAUUUACAAAAAAACUGUGCCCUACCAAUAACGCUGUUGCAAAACGGGCAAUAUUUGUCGAUGGUGUGGCUCGUACAUGGAUGUGUAUGUCUAUAUUAAUAGAGUAGUAUAGACGUGCAAUCAGGUAUGUGUUUAUAAAGUUGAAGCAAAAGCACAAAUAUUGCGCCAAUUGGUUGAAACUGCGUAUGUACACGGAUGCAUCUUCAAGGAGACGCGAGGGCGUGCUAAAUGUCCCUUUAGUCAAACUUGGUUCCAUUGAUCAGGAUAGGUGCUGACGGGUAUCUUCAAAAAAAAUAUUUGGAAACAUGCUAACUUCUCCCUAGAGCCAACUUAAUUCAGCAGUCGAUAAAUUCACGGAGCAUGGCAAAAAAUUCAAAAUGUCACAUUAGUGCGCCCCGAACGUUACGCAUUUCGUUUGUUUGCAUAUUGCGCCCGGAAAUUCCUUCUUUCGCUCAGACUAUUUGCACAUGUUAUUUCAUUUAAAAAAUUGUGAAAAGUGGUCGGCGCAUGUUUCAUAAAGAUCGAGCUGCCGCCAGGAUUAUAAAGAGGGUCGACUGACCUCAUCGACUCACCAACUCAUAACAGGGGACUUAUUUACUUGUGUGAUGACAUUUUACAUUUUAACUAUAGCUGCAUAUGAUAGUUUUCAUCAGACUACACCAAGUAUGUGAUCCUAAAAUAGUAGAUAGAGUAUAAGUUGCCUAUGAUAUCCAUAUAAAAUAAAUUCUGCUUAGUUUCCAUUCUAACACUAGAAUAUUCGUUUAGACUUGGCAAUUUGCAGUGCAAAAGACAUGCAUGCUUUUUCUCGCUCCUAGUUACGGUGGAUGUGAUAUUGAGACGCUGGCCUGUCUUUCUAAUAGCGAGUUUGAUUUUGUGCUCUGCCGUGGUAAGUUCCUGAUUAGCAGACUUAUAUUUAAUAAGCACACACAUACUGAAGUAGCCAUAACCAAGUCCCAUAUUUCAGAGUCUUAUGGUCGUUUGGAUAAAUAUAAUUAAACUCAUCUUUUACUCACUUACGUUGUGGUCACAGACCUCAUUUCCUGUACUAAGUCAACGUGAAAAUAUAAAUGGUGUGCGAUUACAAUUUACGGACUACCUCUCAGAGGUCAGGGUCAAAUCACUAAUGACUGCACAUUACUCAUGAAUGUUAAUGACGCCUGCGGCUCCAUCUGACCAGUCCUCAUGUACAUUUGGACUUUCGAUGCUCUGUUAAAAAAAAACUUAUUAUAUCACCUCUUGGCCGUAAAUACUUUGCUUUUCAUUGUGGAAACUACAAACUUAGCCAAGGUUUCAUUGUAUGCAAAGUAAGGGAGUUUUGAUUAUUUCCCGUUGCGCACCUUGCUAUUUGUCGGACACUAACGAAUCAUUGUUGCACGAAAUGCAAGGUGAUUCGUGCCGGAAUUAUCACCAGCUAUGCCGAUGCAACCGUUGAUGAUUUCCACAAUGAUAAAUUACAAAGAGCUGAACAACUGAACGGGCACAUUCUUUAAAAUUAAUGUAGUAUUCAAACCCCUUGUUUUCGGUUUCCACUAAAGAUCUGCGCAAAACGUCAUUAAAUACAUUUUUAGUCCAGGGAUAUCCUUAGAUACAGUGAAAUGUUGGCUGAAAUUUUGAAAUGCAUUUUUGAUUAGGGAGGAUUAAUUGAGCACGUCCGUAAUACUAAUUACUUUGCUGCAUAAUUCUGUAAUAUUUUGGUCUCAGAAAGUUAGCACCUUUUGAAUACACUGCUUUUAAAUCUCCUUGAAACCGUAAUCGGUAAAGGUGACUACCUAAGGGGCAUGCAUUUUCCCAAUAGUUUUGGUGGUCGUGCAAAUUUAAAUAUAUCAUGUAUAAAGCAUAAAGAAAAUACGAGUUAUUUCAGUAGUUUAAUGGACAAUUACGAGUUGUUUAUAUUUCCUACUUAACGAAAAACCAAAAUUAAAUUUUAACGAAUUGUCUCAUUAUGAACUUCUUCUUGACCGCGCAAUGUCUAUUCACUUAGCAUCGCACAUGGUCAUUUACCGCAACUAAUCAUGAAAUGUACAACAUGGUCCGCAUACAUUGCAAAUUAUUUGAACUCCCUUUGAUAUAUUUUGCCUAACGUAAAAAAAUAUGUGAUUUUAUUUACGCGGAACGCAUCCAUCUUGUAGGCAGAAAUCACUAAGCGUUAAUACAUCAAAUGGUAUGGAUCCAAAUUGUUCGCGAAUUAGAGAAGGUUUUUUUUAAAACCCAAUUUUACUCCUUCUUCGCGUGCAAAAUAUAAAGAUGACAUGACUGUCUACUAAGCGACUUAAUUAAAGCAUAUUUUGUUUAUGGCUUAUAAAAGACAUAUUUGUAUUUGUAAUGCUAUCAAGAAUCAACGAGAAAAGUGCAUGCUACGUACAUAGCCAUUUCUUUACCGAGUAUGUUUUCAACAGAAGACUAAAAAGCACUGUAUUCAAAAGCUGACUUCCUGCUUAAUCCGACAUAUUAUAUGACAAAGCCGCAGGGUAAUCAGUAUUACCACCGCGCUCAGAUAAUCUUUCUUUAUAGGAAAAGCAUUACAGCAUUUCAGCCGACAUUUCAUAAGAUCUAUCGACAGGGAACCAGAUAACAAAGGUUUUGCCUUUCAUAAACGACUUGAUUGGUCGAAGUAACAUAAUUUUAAAAGUAAAUAAUGUGUGCUAGUCUAGCAUUCCGCAUGCGGCGGUGGAAGAUGCGGUAGGUAGCAGACUGAUUGUCGCAUGAGAUUCCAUGCACCGUAGCCUCAUAAUGUGAGCUCAUCAACGGAGAUUUGAGCUAAGUUUGUCUCACUUGCCCCUCCUUUAAAAGUGUCAAAACGGAUAUAGAUGUGGUUAACGAGGUAACCAGUGAAUAUGACCUGCCAUCUGCAUAUGCCACCUAUGACGUGGUGUUUUCCUAGCCUGCAGGAGGCCACACUAAGCGACAACUACAGCAUUUUAUGUUUCCUUACAGGCUUUGACGUUUUAUUUGGCGUUCUUCACCGUUCUCAAAUACCAGGCGAGUAA